UGCUUGAGGAGGAGGGAUGCCGGUCUGCUAAAUCAGUUACAAGAGCUAGAUAAGCAAAUAAGUGAUCUCCGCCUGGACGUGGAAAAAACAACAGAUGAACACCUUGAGACAGACAGUCGUCCAAGUUCAGGGUUUUAUGAGCUGAGUGAUGGAGCUUCUGGAUCGCUCUCCAAUUCAUCUAACUCUGUCUUCAGUGAGUGUUUAUCCAGUUGCCAUUCUAGCACUUGCUUUUGCAGCCCUUUGGAGGCAACACUGAAUAUCUCAGAUGGACGCCCUAAAUCUGCAGAUCUCAUAGGCUGGAUGGACUAUAAUAAGGAAGGCCAGCAUGAGGACCAGACUGCAGGCUCUGUCUGUCGCUCUUUGUCCACACCGCACUCAAAUUCCCUCGAUGUCGUUGCAGAUGUACAUCCAAAGUACCAGUGUGAUCUGGUGUCUAAAAACGGGAACGACGUCUACCGGUACCCCAGCCCACUCCAUGCGGUAGCUGUGCAGAGUCCCAUGUUUCUUCUCCCCGUGACUGAAAACCCCCAGCGAGAAGAGGAGAGGCUUGGUUGCGAUAUUAGCGACGUUUGCGCCAGAUCUGAAACAGACUCGGGAAAAUCCACCAACGCCUUUCUCCCGCAAAGCUCCUGGCCGGCUCCGUGCCCCUCUACCAGCAAGAGGAUAGAUGGGUACAUCUUAAGCCUGGUUCAGAAAAAGACUCACGCGGUAAGGACUAACAAACCGAGGACGAGUCUCAACGCCGAUCCCACCAAAGGCAUCUUGAGGCAUGGAAGCAUGUGCGUCAGGCAGCCCGCAGGCGUGGUGGCUCACAGUAACGUCGUGAACCUGAAGAGCUCCAAGCAAGCGUGCUUGCCUUCUGGUGGGACCACCGCUCUGGACCACGUGGCACCCUCCCCGUUAAAGCAGAGGCCGAGGGAGCCAGCGGGCGAGCAGCUGGAGAGUAGGAAGGCACCUUUGCCGGCGGCUUUCCCGCCUGGUGUAACAAGUGAACUUCAGACCAAACACCUGCCACGGGGCACCAAACCGGCACCUCUGGAGCUCAACCGCAACGCAGUGGCUGCGGCAGGGGAUGUCCCCAAGGAGAGCAGCCAGCACUUUGCUGCAUCUCCCAAAGAGAGCCCAGGGAAGCCCGUGGUGCUGCAGCCGGAGAACAGGGUGAGCCAACCUCCCAAAAAAAUCCUGCUGAAGAGCAGCUUGCAGGUGGCUCGCUCCUCGUCACCUGCUGUCGAGGAGAGGCCCGUGCUGGAUUUCAAAAGCGAGGGCUCUUCUUCCCAGAGCCUGGAUGAUGGGUUGCUGGUGAAUGCCCAGUACAUACCAGCCCAGCAGCAAAGUGUGAAGCUUCACAAAGGCACCCGAAAUGUCAAGAUUUUGAAAAGCUCCGUGCUGAAACACAGGCCCCACCUUGCCAAUGGGCUGGAAAAUGGUUCGCAGACCUUGCGGGAGAAAACCAAGACAGUCGGCAAGAAGUGCCGCUUUCCUGAUGAGUUGGAUACAAAUAAGAAACUGAAAAAACCCUCCUCGAGGGGGAAGAGAGGCAGCAACUUGCAGCCGGAGUCAGGCCUCCAGAAUCGGCAGGCUGGCCUCCACAAAUCCACCAUUCGAUCCCACGGGCAUGGCCGAGAGGUUGUGGUGGCCAAGCCUAAACACAAGCGGGCUGACUACCGCCGAUGGAAGUCGUCGGCAGAGAUUUCCUACGAGGAGGCCUUACGGAGGGCGAGGAGGAACCGUCGGGAAGGUGUAGGGGUCUACUCGCAAGUUCCUCUGCCCUACGUCAGUCCGUACGCCUACGUGGCCAGCGACUCGGAGUACUCGGCGGAGUGCGAGUCCUUGUUCCACUCCACCGUGGUAGACACGAGUGAGGACGAGCAGAGCAACUACACGACGAACUGCUUUGGAGACAGUGAGUCGAGCCUGAGCGAGGUGGAGUUCGUAGGGGAGAGCACAACCACCAGCGACUCUGAUGAGAGCGGGGGCCUUAUUUGGUCUCAGUUUGUCCAGACGCUCCCCAUCCAAACGGUCACGGCGCCAGAGCUGCAUGAAAAUGCAGCAAAGGCCUUUGUCAAAAUCAAAGCCUCCCAUAACCUCAAGAAGAAAAUCCUUCGCUUUCGGUCAGGCUCCCUGAAGCUCAUGACAACUGUCUAGUGAGGUGACUUGGUGGAAUGUAUCUGCUUCUGCUUUCAGAAGCAAGGUGCUUUUGUGUACAUAUUUCCACAGAUUUUUUUUUUUUAUACAAAUAUUUAAAACUUAAGGUAAAUUAUGUCACUUGUCUUCAGAACUUGGGUGGAUACUAGUGCCUUUUACGUGGAAAUAAAAGACCAUUAUACUCGUUUUUAAAAAAACAAAACAAAACAUAACACUGCCAUUUCAGUGGUGAACAGCCUCCAGUGCAUGGUGUCAGAAGGCUUUGAAAAAAGGCUAAUGUUUCUGGGAAUGGAUCUUCCUUGCCUGAGUUUUCCAGUGCUGGGUCUUAUACAGGAUAUCGACAGCUUAAGGUCAUAAGUUUUUAGGUGAUAAGGGGGAGGGAGUGUGGGUGGUCUUCAUACUUUUGCUUGUCCCUUUCUGCUGCUCCUGUUGCCAUAUCUUGAACUUCUUCCUCCUGGUAGUCUGGCCUGUUUUUUUUCUUGUCGAUAAUCUUCCUGAAACUCACCCCUGUCCUUCCCCAGCUUUCCCUCACCAGGAAAGGGCUCCUAUUCAAUCUGUCUCGAAGGUUAAGUUGCCUUCUCUGGAGUGCACUCUGCUUCAAUCUCCCGGGAGUUCUGCUGCAGACGGCAGUGGUGUUCAGAGUAAAGUCUUGGAGCAGCUGACCAGGGCUUAGUAACUUCAGUAUAAUGUGUACAACUGCUUUUGAAAAAAAAAAAAAAAACCCCAUAUGCAUGUCACGUGCAUGAGUAUCAGUAGUUUUAAUAUUCCUGUUGAUGUCCAAUUUACUGUACAUCAUCAAUGGCUGUUUUUAUAUAUAUAUCAUUGUGUAAAUUAAUAUAACACAUCAUAUGCUGUAAUAAACAGUCUGUUUUAAUACUUUUUUUAAAGUUUGUUGCAUUGGUGCAGACCCAGUCAAUGGUUUACUAUUGGCGUUUUCACCACUUAGAAUGUCACCAUUUAGCCAUGCAGGAAGCGGAGCAAGUUUAAAAUGUUGCUGUGGAUGUGACUUGUGCUUUGAGGGAAAUGGAUUAUCAUGGCCUCUCCUGUUCUUCCCGUAACUUGCAUUUUUUUAAGGGCAAGGUGGGAUUUAGGAGCUCAGGGACAUCUUCAGAUUGUUGGUUAUGGGCAGCUCAUGUUGCGGAGCAGAUGGAAAUGUAAUAAUAAUCCUCCUUGCUGUCAGGGUGCUUGCAGACUUUGGUUGGUACAACACAGGGGCAGAUGGUAGGUUUCUGUAACCAAAUAGAUCUCUGUAACGCAACAGGUGUCCCUCUGAAACGUCCAGUAAAUGAAUCCUGAAGAGCUGUGUGCUCUGGGAGCUGGGCUGAGUGGAGGAGAGCAUAGAUUUGCUGUCUCUGUUACCCUCUUUAGGUAUGGUAGCUGGCUGUAUCACAACCCUGACUAGGUUAUGGAAAAAAGUGACAAUUGUGUCACCCACCGGUCUCUGUCUCAGUUUUUCUUCCCAUAGGACUGGAGGUGAGUCUGCCAGAAGAGGAGAAAGGAGCUAACUGUAGACAGCACUACCUCCCCUUUCAGCGGCAGCUUUGAAGCUGCCUGGUGGGAAGGCUGGAGGUUUAUGGCAGGCAUGUCUGAUGGAGCAGGCCCAGAGCUUGAGCUAGUUUCUGCAGGUUCAUCUUCUGCUCUGGCAUCCAUGAAGCUGCGGACAUACAGCUGGCGUGGAUGCUGUGACUGGUAUGAAUUUCAGGAAUAAGUGUGCAGCCUGUCCGUUCCAUAGCAAGAUCUACUGAGCAGACACCUUUGUGGUUCCUCUGUGUCCUUCCUGCUGUCACCCACAUGAAAGGCAGGGCAGGUUUUUUUUUUCUCAGGUUUCCUUGCAUUGCAAAUGUAGGAAGGAGAGAUCCACCCAGAAUUAAAUGUCUCUGGGAGCAGCUUCUGAGACAGUGGUAACACAUUUUCUAAGUGGCAGAUUUUAUUUUUCAAUCUGCAGUGUAGUAAAUCCCUACCUAUAAAAUGUCUCUCUCAUACUAUUUUUUUACUUUUUUACUAGAGGAAUAUCAGUUUCUGUAAAUGGUCUUGCAGUGUGGUCACAAAGUUCUGGAUUGAGCCACCCAGAAAGUCCUUGCACUUCCAUCUUCCGUGAUACAGGAAGAGUUGUAACUCAUCUCAUCUGGUCAUAACUCUCCCAUUGCUUUACACAUAGAAGGGCAGCUUGUGUAGGGAUAGAUAUAUAUAUAUAGAUAUAUAGAUAUAUAUCUAUAAAAAUUUCAUAUACUGAUAGAGAAUAUCUCAUCUAGAAACUACUGGACAAUGGCUGCCACUGCAGAGAGGGGAGAUAAGCAGUGUUUGUUAUUAAACAUGGCAUUACUAAGGCUAAGCAGAACCUUAAUGCAUUCCUGUUAAUAACUGAUGGGUGUUACAUCAAACAAAGGGAAUGUCAAGAAGCUUGUCAAAGCUAGUAGUUUCUUUCCUAGAAUCUCUCAAUCAUGCCAUAUAAUCUUUCUUUGAACGAGAAAACCACGUGCAAAUCCCUGUAAAUCUCCUCAAAGGUGUAGCAGAGCAGCAGAGAGGAUCUGCAGACAUGCACUCUGUCUCUCUGCCUGUAAAGGAGCCACUGGUGAGAAGACGAACCGACCAGUGGCUUUGGGAUGAUGAGUUUUUAAUUGCCGUACUAUACAAGAUUGUCUUGUACCAGUUGAGAGAGGCUGGUUUUCGAAAGUGAGCUCCUGAAUAGUUUCUUUCUUAUCUUUUUAGAUAAUUGAAUAAUAAUAAAAAAAGAGAAUAACCACCUAAAUAUCACUAGGACCGUAUCAGCUGCAACCACUGUAUUCUGCAGUAUUCUUGCUGAAUAGCUUAAUACCAGACAGGGAAAUGGUCUGAUGCUAUCUCUAUCUUAAUUGCAUCCGAGUCUUUUCAGUUUGGAGAAGGAAUUUUCCUUUUCUUACAUGAUUUAGGUAAGCAUCCAGAAUCCUUUAAGCAGGCCUAGCUUUUUCUCUCUACAUCCUCCCCUCCCUUUUUU